CCAGGCCCGUUCAAAGUCUGUGUCCGGGAAAGGGCCCUGGAUCACCGUCAUACUCAACUAUGACGGUGGAGAUGAGCUGGUACUGAAGAUGAACGUAGAGGGAGCAAGAGAAGGGGAAAUGCGGACUAACCCGAAGCUGAAGGACGCGAUUUCAGAGGCGAGAGACCGAGCGGAGAGACGUUGCAGACGGGACGGAGUGACGGCAAGGCUGCGGAUAACGGUGGCUUACCACGAAACUGAGACCUCGAUGGACACAGCGGACCUGGAACAGGUCCAUCAGGACAGAGACUCAGGUGGGGAAAGUGAUAUGAGUGACGCGGAUCAGGAGACGGACCUCAGGUCCUGGAACAGACCAGGCGAGAUCGAGAGGCAUCAUCGACCCGCGAGGCCGGUGGAGGAAGGACUUGAGGCUAGCUCGAGGCAACUGACACCCCGGGGUCGCGGGACGGGUGAGAAACCGAGCAGGGGGAAAAGACAGAUGGAGAGGGUUGUCAGGUAUGCAGCGGAGCGCGGACUCGAUGUGCCCGACACGGGUGGUGCAAGGGGAGGAGAGGCGGGGCGGCGUCCGGUGGAGGAAGGGGUCGGGGGAGAUGGUGAGCAUGGUGCGCCAGACCACCCGUUGGGGGGAGGAGGCGGUGACACGGAGGAGGGCAUGAUCCACUGCGAACGCGAGGUGCGUGGCCCGGGCGAGGAGGGAGUCCCGGAACACGAGGACGUGCUAGAGUUUUAUUCAGGCACUGGGGAGAGGAUGGAGGACUUGCGGAGGCGAGAAGGCAAGAGACCUGCAACGGAGGGGUCUUCGAAGAGGAAGAAAGGAGGAACUGAUCUGGCUGCCACCCCAGCACGAAAGAGGCUUCGCCAACAGAAGGUGACUGAUGUCUAUGGUGGCGAGUGGGUUGCUCGCCACAAGAAGGCAUUCCUUCGCUGGCUCUAUUCCAGCGGGGUCUCCUUCAAUGCCUUCCUCAACCAGGCUUGGAAGGCAUAUCAACAGGUGCUUCUUGAGCAGCCUGGAAGUUCCCCGCGCGCUGUGCUCCCCAACCACAACGAGAUUGCGAGUAUGUGGGCGGUGGAAACCCACCGUGCGAAGAUGGCGGAGGAGUUGGAGGAGUUCGGGGCGGGCGCGCCUGAGUUGCAGCAGUGUGCUCUUCGGGUGAUGCACAUGUGGUCUUGCGCCUCUCCAGCAGACAGGAGCUGGGCAGUCCACGAGGGCAUUCACACGAAGAAGCGCAACCAGUUGGCCUUUGAGAAGGUCGUUCAACUCGUCGAGAUCACCGCAAAUGUGCGGUUGACGGAGUAUCAUCGGGUUGGAUGCGGUUAUGUGUUGUCAUGGCAGCGGGACGAGGGCAUGCUGGAUUGCCAGGCAGGACUCAAGGUGGAGCCUGUGCGCUCGGGGACUCACAGGGGGAUGACGGAGGAGGAGAUUGCCCGUCAGGUUGCACUUAUUACCCUGGAUCCCAUCGAGGCCUCCGCACCACCCUCUGCUGAUGCCGUUUUCGGUAGACGUGCUUGCAUUUUUCGUCCCUACCCCAAGGAGGACGACUCGGACGAGGAGCCGGUACCCGAGGCGGCGGAUGACCCUGCGCUCUGCAUUCCCCGUGAGAUCGACGAGACGCACGACGAUUCCGAUGACGACGAGACGAGGGCACACACUGCACGACGGGCGGCGAACCGGGCGGACAGGGAGAUGCUAGGGGGAGAGGAGGAGUUUUGGGGCCCAUUCGGGAAGGUCGCUUCCACGGGCGGCCCAGAGGAGCGGGCGACGACCCCCACUCCGACGAGGCGGGAGUCGUCCAUACCGCCACCUUCUGCUCCGAGUCCUGCACCACCAUCGUCCGUCUCGCCAUUUCAGUCGGCCACGGCAACGGCGGACAUGGAGGAGUUGGGGGUCUCACUCACUCUUAUCGCCUAGUACAUAUUAUUAUGGUGAUAAGACAGGUUUCUAGGAGCCCCUCUCACUCUU